AUGGGAGAAAACGGUAACGAACUUCCGUCUGUCAACCCUCGUAAUAAUGGUAAGAAUGGAACUUACAUAAUCCAAACAGUGCGAGCAAGUGACGCUGGGCAAUACGCCUGCGUGGCUUCGAAUGGCCCGAACCCAGCGGACGCUCACAAAUCUUUUGGAAGAUUGGAACUAGUUGCUCCGACCGUUGUCGUAAAUAAGUCCGUCACGGUGUUUGCGUCCUUAGGCAACCAUCCAUAUCUCUACUGUGGUGUCCGUUAUGAUAAGAAAGUCAACGUCACGUAUCGUUGGUAUUUUAGAGGUCAGCAGAUACUUAGAGAUGACUCAAGACGCAGCAUUGACAGCGAAGGUCGGCUCACUAUACGUGGUGUGUUCCAAAGGGAUAAUGGUGUCUAUCGUUGCGAUUCAUCAUCGUCUGUCGGCGAUUACUCGACCACUAUCGAACUGAAAGUUCAAGCUCCUCCUUUUGCAACAACUGCUCCGAAAGUGUCCGACAUACGCCCUGAUUCAGUCGUCCUACAAUGGAGUGCCGGUGACGAUGGCAACAGUGCAAUACGUCAUUUUAAAAUUGGCAUUAAAGUGCCGGUAAAUGGGACAGAGAGAACCUUGAGGAAUGAUGUGAUAGUGUCUGGAAUAAUCAAGAGAUACCAAGUUCCAGGCCUUGCUCCCAACACGUACUAUCAGUUUCGUAUUAGAGCUGUCAACUCAGUCGGAAAUAGUCCUUGGAGCUUUUACUCAAAACAAAUUAAAACUCGCGAAGCAGCUCCGUCUUAUAAGCUUCAACAAGUUAGAGGACUUUCAAGAACGAAAACUAGCAUUGAGGUUACCUGGGAGGCACCACCUGCCUAUACCCACAAUGGUGUGCUACGUGGGUAUUACGUAUCAUGGAAGCACGCUGGCGUCAAGUCUGGUACAUUCACCACACAUAGAGCAACGCCUGCAAGCAAGAGGAAAUACUUGAUUCAAAAUCUGUUUUCUAACUCACGGUAUGAAGUUAAAGUUCAGAUGUUUAACGACGCUGGGGGUGGCCCAUUCAGUGAUCCAGUUGUGCUUCGAACUAAAGAAGAAGUUCCCAGCAGCCCUCCCCGAAAUCUCCUCGUACUAAACGUCUCGUCUCGUUCUGUACUACUGCAAUGGGACGACCCACCUCAACAGGACUGGAACGGACAACUCUCUGGGUAUACUGUUCUCGUGCGUGAGUUUAAUACUGAAAGUGAACAACGGCUAUUUGCAUCUCGCGAUCCCUCAACGUUCACCCAAGUACAUAAUGUGACAAAUCUAAAGACUUCCACUCAAUACAUCAUCUCCGUAAGUGCGAAGAAUAGUGUUGGGGGCAGCUCAUACUCGAAUGAAGUACAAGUUAGGACAACAGAAGAUGUUCCCAGUGCUCCGCAACGGUUGCAGAUCGUCGAUCAAUUCUCUGAUACAAUUAGCGUAAACUGGUUACGACCACGUGAAGUGAACGGCGUUCUUAUUGGCUACACGGUUAAGUAUUGGAAAGUUGAUCAAUACGGUACGCGGAUCGGUAAUCCAAUGACUGAUGAGGUUGCGGGUAAUGCCCUUCAGGCUGGCAUCACAAAUUUAGACUCUAGAUCGAGUUAUAUAAUUGAGGUUGCAGCAAAGACAAAUGCUGGCGUCAGCAAGUCGGCAAAAAUUCAAGGACGUACUCAAGAUGUGGCAGUUCAACCUGGGCCUCCAAGCAAUCUUCGUUCCCUUGAAACCAACGCUACGACACUUAAGCUAACAUGGCGCGAGGGAUUCAAAGGAAAUUCGCCUAUCACGAAGUACCUCGUUCAAGGGAACAAUGAAACCGGCUUUAAAAACAAUCGCGACUCCUUGUGGUUUGACGCGCUCGUUGUCAUUAAUCCAUACAAAUAUCACAAUCUCCCACCGGUGAUCAUCGAGAGCUUACGGCCAUUCACGACAUAUCGUUUCCGAGUAAAAGCCUGGAAUAAGGUUGCUGCUAGUGACUUCAGUGCAAUAUCGGGGGAAAUCACGACACAGCAAGCAGCACCCGAGUCACCACCAUUGAACCUACGAGUUAACCCCCCACGCUAUCCUGGGGAGUUGACAUUAACGUGGACGCCUCCCCCACGAGAGACUUGGAACAGCCCCUUUAUCAAGUAUACGAUCGAACUUCAAGAGCAGGGUGAACGAAAUAAUUUUACAAAGUUUGUACAGAGCGGAAUUCGUGGAAAUGCACGACAAAGAAGACUGUUUUCCUUAAGUAAAUUUACCAAGUACGAAAUAACGAUGAAGACCGUCAACGAGCGCGGUGAAAGUCCUAGAACUCCUGUUGUCAUCGGUCAAACACAGGAACAUGUACCUGACCUCCCGCCCUCAAAGAUUCGGGCCAUUGCCCAAUCCGGAUCGAGUAUCUCAUUAACCUGGGAUGACGUAGAUGAAAAGAGAAGAAAUGGUGUUAUACUUGGAUAUAAGAUAUUUUACCGUCUAGUGAAGUACGCGCCUCAAGAAUUCAAGGAAAUCAACGUGAACAAUGUGAAACAGUACACACUGGAGAAACUGCUGGGCUACCAAGUAUGA